GCCGGUAUAAAAGCUGGAAGUAAACAUUAAGGCAGCAUCAGUACGCAUCCUAAUUUCGUAAUAAGCACGAAAAAGUAGUAGCAAGGUUUUUAUUUCAAGUUCAGCGCAGAGAAACAACAUCCCAUUGCAAACAUAAUGGCCAAGUUUAUGAUGCUUCUCGCCCUGCUGGUUGCCGUUGUCGCUAUGGUUAGCGCUCAGCACGGUCACGGACACGGUAGCGGUGGCUUCGGACACAACCAAGGCCAUGGUGGAUUCGGAGGCCAUGGUGGACACGCCGGAGUCGGACCAGGAUUCGGUGCUCACGGAGCUCAGGCUUACGGAGGAGGACACGGACAAGGAUUUGGCGGACACGGACACGGCUACGGUCACAAUCAGGGACAUGGUCACGGUCACGGACGUGGACACCAUUAAGGAACUGUGAUGUACAAACGCUAGGUUUAAGAAAGGUUGAAUAAAUGUGAUUGAAAUACCAAAGUAA